CUAGUGGUUGUGUCUAUGUUACCUUCGUGCUAAGGACUGGGAAAGGUCCUCUCCACGAAGGUAAACUAGACGCUACCCUUCGCUCUGGCUGAACACAUCACUCACCGGAGCUUGUGUGUAACAUUUAUCGUGUGUCUUUAAUACAUCUUGUGGCCUGUGCAUAGAAGGGCAAACUUGUCUGUGUCAUCUGACUGUCUCAAGGAGGAUGGAGGAGGACAAAAGUGAUAUGACUCAGAAGAUCUUAAACCUCACCCUGGAGAUCGUCUACCUGCUGACUGGGGAGAAUUAUACAAUGAAAUUGAAGUCUGGUGAACAUAUCACAUCAAUACAAAGUCCAUCUGUAUCUGGAAGAGUGAGCAGGACCCAGAGCCCCAUCCCGGUGCCUCCACCUCACUCACUGAUAGAUGAAAAACAAAAUGGCCAGAAGAUCCUGGAACUCACCAACAAGAUCAUAUACCUGCUGACUGGAGAGGUUCCUAUAAGGUGUGAGGAUGUCACUGUCUAUUUCUCCAUGGAGGAGUGGGAGUAUAUAGAGGAACACAGGGGUCUGUACAAGGACGUGAUGAUGGAGAAUGACCGGCCCCUCACAUCACUGGAUGGGGCCAGUAACAGGAAUACCCCAGAGAGAUGUCCCCGUCCUCUUUAUUCCCAGGAUCAUACAGAGGAGAAUCGCAGUGUCCCACAGGAGGGUCAGGCUGAAGAUAUCAUUGAUAUGAAAAUAGCAAAUACGGAAGAGGAGACGUAUGUGAGGGGUGAUCAGCAGUGUAAGGAGGAGGAAAUCCCUACAGGUAUCAGCACAGAUGGCUGCAACAUCAAAAAUAGUGUGGGAAGAAAUCUCAUUUUAUCUCCAGAGUGUAAAAUACAAGAUGACAACAUCGCCCAAGAUUCUAACGAAAACCCCAUUAACCCAUCUAUACAUCCAGUUCAUUGCAGUGCAGAUGUAUCACUUAAUGCAUUUACUCAUGAGGAAAGUUAUCUUGAUACAUUGGAUAUUGUCACACAGAAUAUAGAUCACACUGGUGGUAAACUGUUUUCAUGUCCUGAGUGUGGGAAAUGUUUUACAGAGAAAUCAAAAGUAGCUAGACACCAGAGAGUACACAGGAGUAAGAAGUCAUUUUCAUGUCCUGAAUGUGGGAAAUGUUUUACAGAGAAAUCAUCAGUAGCCAGACACCAGCGAGUACACACGGGUGAGAAGCCAUUUUCAUGUUCUGAAUGUGGAAAAUGUUUUACAGGGAAAUCAAACUUAGCCAGACACCAGAGACUGCACACGGGUGAGAAGCCAUUUUCAUGUUCUGAAUGUGGGAAAUGUUUUUUACACAAUUCAGCAUUUGUGGCACAUAAGAGAACUCACACUGGUGAGAUGCCAUUUUCAUGUUCUGAAUGUGGGAAAUGUUUUUUUCACAAUUCAGCAUUUGUGGCACAUAAGAGAACUCACACUGGUGAGAAGCCAUUUUCAUGUUCUGAAUGUGGGAAAUGUUUUACAGAGAAAUCAUCAGUAGCCAGACACCAGAGAGUGCACACAGGCGAGAGACCAUUCCCAUGUUCUGAGUGUGGGAAAUGUUUUAUUUUUAAAGGAGAUCUUAUUAAUCAUCAGAGAAGUCACACAGGUGAAAAGUCAUUUUUGUGUUCUGAAUGUGGGAAAUGUUGUACAACUAAAUCAAACUUAGCCACACACCAGAGAAUGCACACGGGUGAGAAGCCAUUUUCAUGUUCUGAAUGUGGGAAAUGUUUUGCACACCAUACAUCUCUUACGCAACAUAAGAGAACUCACACAGGUGAGAAGCCAUUUUCAUGUUCUGAAUGUGGGAAAUGUUUUACACAGCAGCGAGAACUUGAUGAACAUCAGAGUACUCACACUGGUGAGAAGCCAUUUUCAUGUCCUGAAUGUGGGAAAUGUUUUGCACACCAUACAGCUCUUACGCAACAUAAGAGAAUUCACACAGGUGAGAAGCCAUUUUCAUGUUCUGAAUGUGGGAAAUGUUUUGUACACACUUCAACAUUUGCGAAACAUAAGAGAACUCACACUGGUGAGAAGCCAUUUUCAUGUCCUGUGUGUGGCAAAUGUUUUACAAGUAAAUAUAAAGUCACCCGACACCAGAGAAGUGCACACAGGUGCGAUACAAUGCCCAUGUUCUGAGUGUGGGAAAUGUUUUCCUUUUAAGGAAGUUCAUGUUAAACAUCAGAUAACUCACGCAGGAGAAAAAUCAAUUUCCAUGAGCUGAUUGAAAGAUUUUAAAUUGUACUGAUCUC